UACAGCGAACGAGUCGUCACCUAUUGCAGUAUGAAAGGCUUAGUCGGAACUAUGCUCACCCUGGGCGUUGUGGCGGCGGUUGGUGCACGGAGUGGAGCGAUGAUUCCGAAUCACCCCAAUUGUACGGCUCCUAACAGACCGAUCCCGGUGUACUUUGUGCAUCCGACAAACUGUAGCAAGUUCUACGAAUGUCGGCAGCAGGAUGCGUACGAGUUCGAUUGUCCCGCCGGAUUGCACUUCAACAGCAAGAUCGAUGUGUGUGACUAUCCGGAGAAUGCUCAGUGCGCCCCUUCAACGACAACAACGGGCUCUCCAAUACAGACAGACCCGCCAACACCUGCGCCGACAUCAGAAGGUCCUUCUACGAAUCCUUCUACGAACCCCCCGGGCUCAACAUCGACCACCGCCCGACCGCCGGUAGUGACAGAAGAACCAUCGCCUUCUCCGACAACAGAACAACCUACGACAGCCGCUUCUACAGAGCUUCCAUCACCGACAACUGAGGAACCUCCUGUGACCGACCCACCAACAUCAAAUCCAACGCCAGAAGCAACAUCGACCCCUGAUAAAUCUUCGACAGAGUUUCCUGCAGUGACCACGCCAACGCCACCCGUGGACCCACACUGUCCACAGUUUGGUGCAGAAAAGCCAAGCUACUGGGCAGAUCCGAUGGAUUGCACCAAGUAUUUGGGAUGCUCUGAGGGUUGCGUUCAGCAGUUCAAGUGUCCCACCAAUCUGUACUGGAAUGACAAGCAGAAGCGAUGCGAUUACCACUGGAACUGUCAGUGCACUUGCCCCGUGAUUCCUCCAGCACCCAGCGUACUUUCUGAUAGCAUAGGCGAUGACAGCGGUACCGUGCCACCAUUACUCAAGAAGUGGAACGUUAAUAGUUAGUCAUCAAACCCAAACUAUAAUAAGUACAUCAAGCAAAAAGAGGACCGGACAGCAACCAU